GUGUGUGUUUGUGCAAUGUUAUGUCGUUGUGUAGCAACGCUCAGUGGUUUGACUUAAUGCGGCAUUAAAUUGCCUCGUAUCGCGACAUUGGUUUAUUUCACGAAAUGUCAGAUACUUCCUUUUUUAUUACAAACCACUGUGCGGCUUGAGUUGUGCUCCUACUAACUUCAGCUGCAGGGAGUCUCCCAAACAUGUUUUGAGAGACUCCCUCAAAGUAACGGGUGUUAACAAAAUAGCUGAUGGCUAACACUUAGAACACAACAUGAAAAUCUGUCUGCAUUCGUACAUUAGAUUCAGAACCAUCUAGCUUGUGUUGUCUCGAGUGAGCUAACAUAGCCUAGAAUCUGUGUGUGUGUGUGUGUGUGUUUGUGUGUGUUCACCUGGGUGACGUGUGAGGCUGCAUCCACACCACUACGUUUUAGUUACAAAAUGCAUCCCUGUUGUGUUUACAUCUACCGUCCAGUGGCAGUCACACCACUCCAGAGUUUCCCAGCACUUAAAAAAAGAGAUGCUGGCCCCAUUUUAGUUUGAGUUGUGUUUUAGUGCAGACAGAGAAAAACAGACCUUCAAGCCUUUUCUACACUACAGAUAGUUUUUUAGCUAAUAUUUUCCCCUCCACAUGACAUUCAUUCGACACAAUAUUUCCGUCCAGACAAGAACAUAAGUAUGACUACAAACCAGCAUGCCGUGCCAGUAGGUGGCGAUAGAGAACACUGUGGUCCAAUAAUAUUGGACGAGUCAGAUGUCUGUGAAUGGUGCAGCAAUUCCAAAUAUAGCUUUGAACUUGUAAUUAGACCCAGCAGCGCAAACCAAACGUAGAGAAAUCAGUAUGUAGCUGCCAUCGUUGUUUUUUCUGGCUUAUGCUCACUACACAAAGCAACAGCGUAGUAAAAGCAACCGACUGCAGUGUAGACAAUCUGCUUCCUGUUUAGCACACGCAUGUCCAGGGACCUGCAGCAGGUGAUGGUGUCGGGUCCCAACCUGAACGAGACGAGCAUCGUGUCAGGGGGGUAUGGAGGAACAGCGGAGGGUAUCAUCCCCACCAGCUCAAUCAAAGGUCCCAACAUGCACCACAGCAGCAGCAGCUCGUCGAUGACGGCAGACGAAAUGACCCGCGGUGUGGCUGUGGAAAAACUAGAAACAGUGAAGAAGUGGGGUUACAACACAUACAAGUGCACAAAGCAGAUGAUCUCGGAGCGUUUCGGUCGGGGAUCCCGGACUGUGGACCUGGAGCUCGAGGCCCAGAUCGAGGUGCUGAGAGACACUAAAAGGAAAUAUGAGAAUUUGCUGCGAUUGGCCCGAGCGCUGACCAACCACUUCUACAACAUGGUGCAGACGCAGCACGCGCUGGGCGACACGUUCGCUGACCUCAGCCAGAAAUCUCCAGAGCUACGAGAUGAGUUUGGCUUCAACGCAGAGACUCAGAAGUUGCUGUGUAAGAAUGGGGAGACUCUACUCGGUGCCGUUAACUUCUUCGUGUCGAGCAUCAACACACUUGUCAACAAGACCAUGGACGACACCCUGAUGACUAUCAAGAUGUAUGAAAAUGCCAGACUGGAGUUUGAUGCCUACCGGUCGGACCUGGAGGAGCUGAGUCUGGGUCCGAGAGACGCCGUAGCCAUGGCACGUAUAGAUGCUGCUCAGCAGCAGUACCACGUGCAUAAGGAAAAGUAUGAACGCCUCCGCUCAGACGUCAUCAUUAAACUCAAGUUCCUGGAGGAGAAUAAGGUGAAGGUGAUGCAUAAGCAGCUCCUGCUCUUUCAUAACGCCAUCUCCGCGUACUUCGCUGGCAACCAGCAGCAGCUGGAGCAAACGCUGAAGCAGUUCAACAUAAAGUUGAGGCCCCCAGGGGCCGACAAGCCCUCCUGGUUAGAGGAGCAAUGAGAGCGCCUGCUGGGCCUCCUUCAGCCUCCGAUUGACCACCUCCACCUGUUAACCUGUUGAAACCCCCCAACUUACAGAGGACCACUACAGAGAGAGACAUGCAGAAAACUGGGUGGAUGAAGAAUGAAGAGGAGCGUGUGCCUGGAUGACUGGACUGAUGAAUUACAGGGUAUUAUUGGUGAAUGGUCUUAAAACAGCAGGAAAUAGCGCGGCCAGUUCCAUAAACAGUAAGGGGGCUUCUAGUGCCUCUCGUCCCGACUUCCUUGUCUCACUUUAACCUUCUCCUUGUGCUUUUGUUCCCAGAGAAACUGUUCAUCUCCUCCUCCCCCUCUUACCCACUUACCUUAACCCCCUCCUAUCAACACUACUUUGCUGUACGCUUGUGUUAGUCAUUUUGAUGGCUAUUGUUGUACUCCUCAAGUGCUGAGUUCAAAUUCAACCCCACAUCACGCAGAACCAGAGACAGACGAGUCGAGGAAAAACAGCUCAAAUCAUCCAACACAACGCGAAGGCAUCAAAACUCUUCCAAACCGUCAUCCCCCUCCUCGUGUGCCUCCUUGUAUAUGAGAAACAAAUCAACGUACACACGAAGGGGAUUUGUGUGUCACACUGGAAAGGAAAUGUGCAGAUAUUCUAACCAAGUCCUGUUUCACUUUUGAAAUAUUAUUAUAUGAUCAUUUGUAGCCUAAAAAACUGUUUAGUAUUUGUUAAAUUUGACUGUCAUCUCUUUAUUUUCUAAUCAUUUCAGUUGUUAUUGGUCAGAGUGCAGGACAGGAUCAUGUUAGAGCAGUGUGUGCUGGUGUGUAGACUGCGAGUGCUGCAGUGUUUAGUCUGUAACUAUCAGAAAUAUUACGCAUUUUAACCUGAAAAUAAUUACACUCAUACAGUAUCUUUGAAAAUUGUAUUUAAUUUGACAUGAGGGACGUGUUGUCAUGACGACAUGGCCUGAUGGAGACGUGAUGGGCAGGUGACAUGUAGAGAUGGGUAUACGUUUCUGUUUAGGUUUGAUGGAGUCACUUCAUUAUUGAAUUGUUUAAAAGGAGGACUGUACAUUUUCUUUGGUUUUACAUAGAUGCAUAAUUAUCUUUUUGUGUUUUUUAAGUUUGUCUUUUGAGUUAAUGAGAUCUUGCAGUAAUAUCAAGGCCAGAGCCUGACGAUGUGGAUUUUUAGAGGCAAAUGUCAAUGCCUAUGUUAGGAAGUAAAACAUUUCCAAUACUAAUAUAUUGAUUGGGUCUAUAUAAAUAUAUAUAUAUAUAUAUGUUUACAAAACUUAGCGGUGAUUCCUAAGAUGUUGAUAUCAAACUCAAUUAAAGCCCAUUUUCCACAGUUACACUCACUAUGAAUAUGGAUUUAAUCGGCCUUUACUCCCGGCUCAAAUGACUCUGCAGUCGACUCAGGUUUUAAUCGGCUCUGAUCGGCAGUGACUGAAAUGUGACACCAGGGUGAACUGACAUUAGAACAUGACGCACUGGGGGAAAAGAAACAAAGACAAACUCCUUUUAUUGGCAAUUAAAGGGGUUUACCAGCAUUUAAAAACCUGUGUAUACCUGCUAAUUGUGGUGUAAAAAUUGUGAUAUAAAUAAAUGUAAUUGAGGCUUGAUAUUUUACAGUUUAACCAUAAACUAUAUUACAAUUACAACCAAAUAUGUUGAACCUAAACUUGAAAAUUAACCCUUUUUUUUUUGCGUAAAAUAUAAUCAGAAAUGAACGUCUUUUCAUUAUGGCUAAUUCUGAAAAAAUAAGUUUUCAUAUCAGCAAACAAAGAAAUGCUCAUAUUAGCUGUUUUUUAUAGCCCAUCCUGUUGAGCUCUCAUCUAGAAUCAUACCUUUCAGAAUAUAUAUAUGUUUGUUUACCUUUUCUUCACACUGAAGAUUCCUGUAGCUCCACGAUCACUAACGCUAACAUUUCAACAGAAACUCAUUCUAGAUGGUGAUUGUCACACUAAUGAUUCUACAUUUCGUUUUAUCUCCUGUGACUAAAACAUUGCUGUAGUAAGAUAAUAGCAAACAAUCAUGAAUUGUUGACAGUUUAGAGACGGAAUCGCUGCGUAAUACAGAAUGUUUUAUGUCACUGUAUUUAUUAUGUUCAUCAUAUGUGUUAAUCUGUCGGAACUUCUGAUUUUUGCGAAUUACUUUUAAUGUUUAUGAGUAAAUGAAGUUCAAGGCAACACACAGAAUAUCCAAAUCUGGAAUUGAUCUACACCGAAAGAGAAAAGACAUUCUGAGCUCAUGGAAUUGAGUUUCCUUCAAAUGACGAUUAUUCAGUGCAAUGAAUGUUGUACCAUUCUGUGUUUAGCACCAGUCCUCCAGCUCCUUGUCUCCUCGGUAUUUGCAUGGCAGACGGAUCCAAAGUGUCGGUGCAGGAAAGUGAUGGAGGGAAAUGGAUUGAAUUUCAUCAAAAGUGGAUCCUAAGAUGUGUUUCUCUGCUUGUGUUUUCUGAAUUCUUUCGUCAACUGGGUGUAUUUUAUUGUGGCUUUUAAAAAAAAAUCUCUCUUGACACUUUUUGGCUAAAGUUGCAGUUUCCCAGCUCCUGGUCUGUUCGACCGUCACUCAGCAAUAUUAACAAAAUGUGACUCUUGUUAUUUUCCAGACCCGCCCCUUUGAAAUUCCUCUCCCUCACACCAAAAUGAAGAUUUAUGAAAUGAGAUAUUUUAUUUGUGUACAAUCAAUAUUUUCUAGGUUGAGCUGGUGUGUUGUACAUGAUUGCACAUAAUGGUAUUUAAAGUGAUAAAUGAAGUUGUGUCAUGGAUUGAUGUAGUACUCUGCCUUCAUUCCUCACUCAGACCUGAACAGUCCCAACUCACCCCGAGGGAACAAAAAAUAAAAAAUACACGUUUUCAAGUGA